AUGUACCGGGACUCAUAUUUUCAAAGCCAUCAUAUGUUGCAACCUCACCACUCGCUGUACUUGGAUUGGAAUCAGGACAUUUUCAUGUCACCAGAUCACACUGCCACAAAUGGGUUGCGUUCUGAAAAUACGUCAGUACCUAUCAAUCCAUUUUGGGAUUACUUUCACGACGAAGAUGACUGGGACCAGUUUCAUCCCUUGCAAGUAGACUGCAGCGGCCAAUUGACAGCAAUGCCACCAUUAGUAGAGAGUCCUACGGCGCUAGGUUCUCUAUUUGCAUCGAAAAGGACCGAGUUAGGAUUGUGGCGAGAUUUCGCGCUCGACGAGCUAAAGCCAAGGUGA